UCGUGUUCUAUAUUAAAUUCGUUUCAGUCUCUCAGAUCUCUAAUCUGUUUUCAAAUUUCUCAUUUUAUUUCAAUUUCAAUUUCUUAGGUGAAGCACUCAACAGAGCCUCACAAUCCAAGUUGAACAAGGGGGGUUAUGGCAGGCAAAGCUGCUGGUUCAGCAGUAAAGGCAGUUGCUGAGUAUCAAUAUCCUUGGCGCGAGAAGUUAGCCAAGUAUAAGGAUGAAUUGGCCAAGGGUGUGUGGGGAUACUGGGAGUUGGGGGCAUGGAAGCCACUCAGCAUCAGUGCUCGGCGUCGAGCCCAGCUUCGAAAGGAAGUCCUUCUUGCUGGGGAGGAUUGGCCGUAUGACCCUGAAAGGAAGGAGAUGAAGACCAAGAGGAAAGGGCAUAAGUGUGAUAGGAUAGCAGCUGAGAAAAGGGCAAACACUGCGAGGUUAAUGGAGAAGAUGCCGGAAAUGUUGCUGGAGCACAAGAAGAGGAAGUGGCUGAAGAAGAUGAAGGAAGAAGACAAAGAAAAAGGCAAGUUUUGAUUUUGCUCCUUCAGAAUGAGUUUCAAAGGGUUAGCCACAAACUCUUAACCAUGAAAAGUGGAUUUACUUAUGCAAUGUUACAUUACACCUGUUUUUUUGCUUGUGGUAGGGAAUGUUUGGGCUUAAUAAUGAUUUACUAUUUCAAGAGUAUGGUCAUGUGAUUAUCCAUAGGAGUGGGGAUUUACUUCUAUGGAAGUUACUGUUAUAUAGUUUUUCUUUUGAAUCUCCUAGUUGAAUGCAUGUUAGAACUUGUAAUUGCUGGUUUCAAUAUUAUUGUCACUUGUAGCAAUUAUCAUUGGUGAAGUGAUUGCUUUAAGAUUAGUGCACUAGUGACAUUUGGAGGCA